AUGACAGCGAUGGAAGCAUUUCAUAAACAGGAAAUAGGAGACCUUAAGCAGCUGGUUCAAAAACAACAGCAGGCAAAACAGUUUCCUGCUCAAAAUGAAGUCCAGUCAACAGCCCAACCAUUUAGCCAGCAAACCAGCAAGCAAGGUUAUCGCCAACAAUGGCGUUCAGCAUCUAUGCUUCGAUUCACAUUAAAGGUACAGGGACAGUCAGUAAUUUCGGUAGUAGAUACCGCAGCGGAAGUGACAAUAAUUUCUGACAAAGAUUUCGAAUCUUUCAUUAAGAAACCACCCAUCAAAAGAAAAACAACAAUGCAGGCAGCAGAGCGUGGUAUGCACAUGGAUGCAUUUGUAGUGGGACCAGUCGAAAUGAAAAUUGGUGAAAGAACAUAUAGGACAGAUAUUUAUGUUGCGCCAAUUACUAAUGACAUCCUAUUAGGACUUGACUUUCUAGUUAGAGCAAAAAUAGUUUUACAAAAGGGAACUCUUCUAGGCGAAGCAAUUGAAGCAGAUGUAGUUGAAACGGGGCCAGCCCCGUCAGUAGCAACAACUGGAAUAGCCAGAUAUAACAAUACACUACCGGAACAGUUACAGAUCAUAUUGGAUAAAUCCAGUGAACUCACUAAAGACCAACAGUCCAAAGUUGCGAAUUUACUUCAUGAAUUUGUUGAUGUUUUCGCACUAGACGAUUUUGACUUGGGAACAUUUAGCCACAUUCAACAGGAGAUUGAUACAGGUGAUGCGCGCUCUAUCAAACAACGAAUAAGACGAACACCCAUGUGCUUUGCACAAGAAGAAGAAAGCCAUUUAAACAAAUUGUUAGAUGCAGGUAUAAUAGAACCAUCUAUAUCAGAAUGGGCAUCUGCGCCAGUACUUGUACAAGCGUGA